GUUUAAUCACUUUAAGAUAUAUUUGUUGUGUGAUAUAAACGCAUGCUGUAAGAAGGAAAUAAGUGGUAUCUGAUCUUUUUUCUCUUUGCUUUUUCUUUGCAGAUAAGAUGCUACAAGUCACUUGCAGCUCUCUUCAAAAGAAAAAUCACUAGUGCUCUGCUCUUGCCACAAUAUCAAACCUUUUGACUUAUGCUUUGGUGCUGCAACACUGGAAGAAUUGCACACAGGUUCCAGGAAUACCUUUUUUUCAUUUGAGUGAUUCCUUGUGGAUGGGAAAAGAUUUGAGUCUUAAUAAUUACCCUGUUUUAAAGCUAUUUCUCUGUAGUCUGAACUGCUUAAUAAAUUGGGCCACUUACCCAUAAGCCACACAGCCAGUUCUUGUCAGGAGCUGGUUGAAAACUGUGUUGUGCAUGUAGCAGGGAUGGCACAAGAAGACAGCCGUCGUGGUCAAGUGCCAUCUACCUUUUAUCAUGGUGCCAACCAAGAACUCGACCUGUCCACCAAAGUGUACAAAAGGGAAUCAGGAAGUCCUUAUUCUGUGUUAGUGGACACCAAGAUGAGCAAACCGCAUCUCCACGAAACAGAGGAACAGCCGUUUUUCAGGGAGACAAGAGCAGUGUCUGACGUGCAUGCUGUUAAAGAAGACCGGGAGAAUUCUGAUGACACAGAGGAGGAGGAGGAAGAGGAAGUCUCUUACAAAAGGGAGCAGAUCAUAGUGGAGGUAAACCUUAAUAAUCAAACAUUAAAUGUAUCUAAAGGGGAAAAGGGUGUCUCUUCUCAGUCCAAAGAGACUCCUGUUCUUAAGACAAGCAGUGAGGAGGAAGAGGAAGAGAGUGAGGAAGAGGCCACUGAUGACAGCAAUGACUAUGGCGAGAACGAAAGGCAGAAGAAAAAGGAGAAGAUAGUGGAGAAGGUCAGCGUUACACAAAGGAGAACCAGGAGAGCUGCCUCUGUUGCCGCAGCUGCCACCUCCCCCACUCCCAGAACUACGAGAGGUCGUAGGAAGAGUGUAGAGCCACCUAAGCGUAAGAAGCGGGCCACAAAGGAGCCCAGAGCACCAGUCCAGAAAGCUAAGUGUGAAGAGAAAGAGACUCUGACCUGUGAGAAGUGCCCCAGGGUGUUUAAUACUCGCUGGUACCUGGAGAAGCACAUGAACGUUACUCAUAGGCGCAUGCAGAUUUGUGAUAAGUGUGGCAAGAAGUUUGUCCUGGAAAGUGAGCUGUCCCUUCACCAGCAAACAGACUGUGAAAAAAAUAUUCAGUGUGUUUCCUGUAAUAAAUCAUUCAAGAAACUCUGGUCCCUUCAUGAACAUAUCAAGAUUGUCCAUGGAUAUGCAGAAAAGAAAUUUUCCUGUGAAAUUUGUGAGAAGAAAUUCUAUACCAUGGCUCAUGUGCGGAAACACAUGGUUGCACACACGAAAGACAUGCCAUUUACAUGUGAAACCUGUGGAAAGUCAUUCAAACGCAGUAUGUCACUCAAGGUGCACUCCUUGCAGCAUUCCGGAGAGAAGCCCUUCAGAUGUGAGAAUUGUGACGAGAGGUUUCAGUACAAGUACCAGCUACGCUCCCACAUGAGCAUCCACAUUGGGCACAAACAGUUCAUGUGCCAGUGGUGUGGCAAGGAUUUCAACAUGAAGCAGUACUUCGACGAACACAUGAAAACACACACUGGAGAGAAACCCUUUAUCUGUGAAAUCUGUGGCAAAAGCUUCACCAGCCGCCCCAACAUGAAGAGGCACCGCAGAACUCACACAGGCGAGAAGCCCUACCCCUGUGACGUGUGCGGCCAGCGGUUCCGCUUCUCCAACAUGCUGAAGGCCCACAAGGAGAAGUGCUUUCGGGUGACCAGCCCCGUGAACGUGCCGCCUGCUGUCCAGAUCCCACUCACCACCUCCCCAGCCACCCCAGUUCCUUCUGUGGUGAACACGCCCACAACCCCAGCCCCUCCAAUCAGUAUGAACCCUGUAAGCACUCUGCCCCCGCGGCCCAUCCCCCACCCCUUCUCACACCUUCACAUCCACCCACACCCUCACCACCCACACCACCUUCCUAUCCCUCCGGUCCCUCACCUCCCCCCACCUCCAGCUCUCUUUAAGAGCGAGCCUUUAAAUAACAGAGGCCAGGGGGAGGACACCUUUCUGCGGCACCUGGCAGAGAAGAACAGUUCAGCACAGCAUCAUUGA